CAGACCAAAGACCCAUGCCGGUUACAUGAUCAUCGGAGCUGUGGGCUGUAUAAUAUGUCCAUUCCUCACGGUACCCUACCUACCGGAACAUCUGAACGCAUUGUCCAUUACCCUGGCCAUGAUUGGUAAGUUCGGCGUCACUGCUUGCUUCAACACCAUCUGCAUAUGGACGGCGGAGCUGUACCCAACUACGGUCAGGAAUAUGGGUGUGGGAGUCUCGGCCAUGUUUUCUCGUGUAGGUGGGAUCAUCUCACCGUAUAUGGAAUUGUCCAAGAGGGUGUGGGGUCCUCUGCCCUAUAUCAUCUUCGGAGCGCUGUCCUUUCUGGCCGCCCUGGCAGCGCUGCUUCUACCGGAGACGCUCGGAGCAGAGCUUCCGGUCACCCUGGAGGAUGGGGAAAAGUUUGGAAAGUGA